CCAUCCUUCGUCGAGCCGGCAGAUCACGCCAUCGUGGAAGCGGGAUCGCCAAGACGGCUGUGCUUCUUCACAUUCCGAUAGCCAGCUUGAUUACUUCCAGAGCUGGUCUCACUAUAGUCCUCAAUGGGUACAGUGCAAGUCUCCUGACCUGAGUAAAGCCAGGCUGCAGGCAAGUGACAAUCAGCAGAAUUGCUGGCUAAGGAUGAAGUCAUUGAGCCCCGAUUCAUACUUCACAACCCAUGGGAGAAGCGGAGGCAGCUUGGGGAAGACGACCUUGGACAAAAACCUGCUAGGCAAACGCAAGCUGGAUGAAACGUCGAGGGAGAGGAAAGCUAAGAGUGAUCUUGUUGCAGUGGCUGCCGAGGCCGCUGCUGGUGUAGAUCAUGGGUUCUUGGAGGAGGCUGGAGGUGUUGUUCAAGGUGUCGAGGAUAACAACGUGGAGAACGUGGAGGACAAAAGGAAGGAGAGGCAAGGGUUGGAAGGGGAAGAGGAGGAGGGGAGGGACAAGGAGAAUGAAGUGGUGACACGACCUCCAGGAACCCACUAUGAUUUCAAGCCGCCAAGCAGUCCUCUUACCAGGGGUGGAUUUGCACUUUGUGUAGGGGUUCAGAACCCUCAUAAGCACCAAUCGAGUGGUGACCAGAACGGUGGAGGUAACCUUACUGCCCUGGCAGCUUGCACUGGGCCUGGAUCUGGACCUGUGUGCAGUUCUGUACCAGGCUCCGGCUGUGGUCCUGUGUCAGGUCCUGCCUCUGAUCCUCUCUCUGGACCAGGCCUUGUCUUUGGUCCUGGCUCUGGCUAUGGGGGGAAACAGCUCCAAAAAGGGCUAGUAGGUUGUGUCUGGAACGAGUCAUCGGGAGAGUUCAAUUUGGCGACACCCAAGCGCGGACAAGAAGAGGAGAGGGUAAGGCCACUGUCUAAGACCCCUCAAAUGAGGUCUAGGAGCUCAAGCUUGAAGAUUGUCGAUGACUCUGACUACUCCAUUGGCUCUUCUCCCAUCAGCGCACUGUUUGGAAAGCCUGUGGAGAGCAGCAUGCUCCUUGCUGGUGCCCCUUCACAAUCACUGCUGAAACUUGAAGUGGGAAGGAAUAGCAGCAGCUUUCAGGAGGCAAGCAUGCCGCAGGCUGACGCAGAGAAAACAAUGGCUGCGGAUGGUAGUGGGGGUUCUUACGCGGGCUUGAUGAACGAGCCCACCAACGGUCAUCAUCCUGCUAGUCAGUCAAGCGAAGACUGCAGCCACCUGCACCCUUGCAGCACCCUCUCCUGUCCAUCUGGUGGGGCAGGCAUUCAACCAGGGACCAACGCACUGAUGAUGACAACGAGUGGUGCCCAUUCUGCCAAGAAGGAACUGCUGGUGGAAGCAAAGUCCGCGGUAAGAUGGAAGAGGAGGUUAAGCUUUGGUCAGCGCUACAGUCCGAGGGAGGGGAGCAAGUCAUCGCUUGGAGAAAGCAAUCGUCUUUCUCCUGUGUUCACGUUCAUCCACAGGGACGACUUGCUGUCAGCAGCCUCCAUGAUAGCGCCACAGACCCCAAAUGGCAGUCUAGUAGCCGGGCAGAGUGUCUCUGCAACCCCCAAGGGGGGAUCGGGAUCGCCUUCCUUCGAACUGCUGAAAUACCCUCAAGGUGCAUCCAGAACACCCGCAACUCCCAACUCAAGGCCUGGGAACUCCUCAUUAGUAAGGUCUUCCCCAUCAAGCUUCACUAGUUCAUUGUCCCCGAGCCCCCGGGACAGCAGCAGACUCGAUACGCCACUUUCAUGGACUUCGGCAACCGAUAAACACAUCGAUCAUUGCAAACAACACAGAAACUUUGAAAAGCCAAUCUCAUCUCCUACCCAGCUCAGAGAGUUGAUAGGCGGUGACGGUAUCCGAGGGCACUUUGCUGAGUCCUCCUCCCAGGCACAGUCUGCCUCUACCUCCACAUGUACAUCUCCAAGCCCAUUUACGCCAGAUCACAAGACUGGUAUGAGGGAACGUUGGAUGGAAAAUUGGAAUAAACGGACAGUGAUGGAAGCUGGAAAAGAAAACCAGAUCCUCAGCUCAAACAUUGCCUGCAGCAUUGUAGUCCCCACGACACCUUUGGAGGCAUCAACGGAGGAAGCUGGGAAGGUGACGACACAGCUGGUCAAGGAAGACUUAGCAGACGUUGUGGUCCCCACCACACCUCUGGACCCAAGGGGUCAUUUGACAGGGCACAGAGCGUCCAGGACAAGUCGAUGGAUAUCGGAUGAGCGAGAAGAUGAAAUGAUGCCAUGCGUGGUGGACCUUGAUAACCAGGCUGAGGGAGCAAGAUCAAUACUGCAUGGGAGAGAGGAAGUGAUGGUAAAUUGUGUGGGACGUAAAGGGUCUGCUAGACAAGGAUCAGUGUCGCACACAAUAGAACUUGAGAUUGGACAGAACGGCGGCCUUCCUAAGGACUUUUCCUUGGGGGCAAGAUCACUGUUACAUGAGAGAGAUUCUGCAGAAGAAGAGAUGGCAGAUCCUGGGGUCGAUGACGACUCAAAGAGAUCACGAUGUGGGUCGCAGCAGAGAGAAGCAGAUAUGGUGACGAAUCUUGGCAUGUACUCUGACUCUGAGGGCGGAGAAAGAUCACAGGUGUCGCAAAAGAGGAAUGAGGCUACAUCGGAGUGCUCUUGCAUUCAACUUAACAAGGGACUUGCCUGUCCAUCUAUCUUCCCUAGCAUGACUUCAUCUCAGAGUCUGUUCUCAGAGAAGGAAGGUGCACCACAGAACCCAUCGUGCACUCAUGAACCCCUUCAGGCCCCAGUUAAACACCACUCCCCCCAUGUGGAUUGGCAACAGACACCCCCCUUUUCCAAACCGCCGACAGUAGACUUUCUGGAGGCUGCAGGCGUAUCAUGCUGCGGCUAUCAUAGUAAUGGUGGGAGGGGGGUGUUUUCAGAAGAUAGCAUGGCUCGAAUGGUGGAUCAUGGGGCAACUCAGUGUGAGAUACUGUCAUCGCCUUGCAUCGCUGUUCAGGAUGUAGCAGUGCAGCCCUGGGAUGAUGCCGAGAGUCAGUUUUUGUUCUCAAGCCGCAUUCCAUACAAGCAACAGCUGGUUCAUCCAUUACACCUCCAAGGUUACAUGAUAAGUGACUGCGACGGAAUACAAAAACUUGUCCACGCAGCGAGCAGAAGGCCACGAGUUUGCCGGAACAAUGACUACAAUGGACACAGAAAUUGUUGGCCCAGCAAGCAGAAGGUCGCGAGUUCGAUUCUCGGAGGGACAACGACACAACUGUCCACCCGGCAAGCAGAACAUUGCGAGUUUUUUGAUUCUCGAAAGUGGACAAUGGCUACAAAGGAUGCCAAAAUCUGAUCCAUUGUGCAGACAUCCAAUCCAAGACCAUGCCAACGACCAUGACAUGGUGCCAGCCGUGGAAACCUGCAGGGCCUCACAAAUGUUAAGUGUUGGUGUCAAUAGCUAUUAAUUUCCCCAGCCUCAUGCCCGAGCGGGACACACAUAUGCCUGUUGAUAAGCAGAUCGUCAGCUCUAAUCCUGCUGGAUAGGAUAGAUAAUGCUAGGGCCAUUUCCCCUUGAACCAAUUUCAAACCACCAGGAUUAGCCCCCUCCUUCAGAACUCCUGGGAGUAUACAAGGAGUCCUUGCUUUCUAUGUACCGGUCAUGCAGAGAGACUGGUUCGAUUUGUUUGGACGCAAAUGAUUUGGAUGCAAAUGAUUUCAGGUCGGUGGACUGGCGCUUUGAAAAAAAAAAACAAGUUGCAAGGGGCUUGACUUUCAUCCCAGAAUAGGUUAUUGGGUAGGGGUCCGCCGGGCAAGCACAAGCUUGUCAUCCCAGUGGAGCAUAGGAUGCGACUCCGGGUUUCAGCUGACUCUGACACAGACUGACAGGAAUCAAAAUGAUUACUCAUU